AUGAAUAAAAAUCCCUAUUCCUCAGCAUAUUAAAAUGGUAAUAUCAAAUAACAAAAUAGGAAUUAUUUUUAAUAAAACUAAGAAUAGAGUCACUCAAUAAGUUAAUCAGAAAGCAAUUAUAAAAAAUAAACCUAAUCAUAUAUCAAUAAUAAUUAUGGCUUAAAUUUAAACUUCUAAAAAGAACCCUAGCCUUAACAAAACUCUUAUUAUCCACAACAAUAGAAAGGUUUCUAAUAGAUGAAUAGUGGAAAUUAAAAUUAGUAUUAAAAUAGUAAUGGAAACCCUAUUAGGUCUGGCAAUUAGUAGAUCUAAAAUAAUAACAAUUUAUAUAGAUCAUAAGUAAACUCUUCCCCUCAAAAUUAUGUAGACCAAAUGUAAAAUAAUCAUUAUUCAGGUGCUAAUGAUCAAAAUUUAUAUAAUAACAAUAAGAAUUAUCUAAUGAGUAUCAGUUAAAACUAAUAAACAAGUAUAUCUAAAUCAGCAUCCAUCAAUAAAUCUCAAGAAAGUGAAGAUGCUUAAAUUAAAAGAGCUGAAGGCUGCCUUUUUGGAGCUUUUAUAGGAGAUAGCAUGGGAUCUUAUUUAGAAUUCAAUAAAUAGCAGAUUACAAACGAGUUGGUAAGAUAGGCUUAUUAACUUCCUGGAGGAGGUAUCUUUAAUCUCACAAAAGGCUAGCUAACUGAUGACGGAGAGCUUGCAAUAAUGCUGGCUGAAGGAUUGCUCGAAGCUAAAACCAAUGAACCAAAUGAUUUCAUGAUAAAUAUAUUAAAAAAAUAUCACUUUUGGGUGAAUUCAAAUCCUUUUGACUUCGGAAGCACUAUGCAAAAUUCAUGGAUGCCAAUGAAUUUUACAACAUAUAAAGAAUUGUUGUAAAAAUAUCAAAAUAAUGAACUAAAUUUAUUACAGUCUAUUCAAAAUAAUGCAGCCAAGACAUCGGUCAAUAGUUAAUCUAAUGGAUUUUUAAUGAAGUAAUAACCUUUAGGCAUAUUGUUAUGGAAUUCGCCAAUAGACGUUAUAUUUUAGUUUGCUGAGCUUGACACUAAAUUCACACAUUCAGACCAAUUUUGCUUAGAAGUUAGCAAGAUCUAUACAUACAUUCUAGCCUAACUCAUAAAAAGAGGAAAACAAGAAUCUUUUAAAAUUUAUUGCGAAGCAAGAAAGUUGGCUUGGGAAAAUUAUUUUUCCAAUUAAAUGAAAGAGACUUUUAAUUAUAUUGAAAUGUAAUUUUAAGGUAUUACAGAACAAUCAUUAAGGACAGGUGAAAAAUUUGGAAUUAAUUAAAUAGGUUUCCCAAACUUCUAUGCAAUAUAUAAAGCUGAGAAACAAAUUGGAUGGGUUAGGAUAGCGUUUUCUUAUUCUCUAUAUAUAUUAAUAGCUAAUUUAACAGUAGAACAGUUAUAUUAAGGUAUUUUAUCCAUCGGAGGAGACACAGAUACCAAUUUAUGUAUUGCUGGAGCUGUUUAUGGAGCUUAAAAUGGCAUAGAAACUUUUCCAAGUUUCAUGAAAAAUGCAAUUGAAAAUUGCGAUCCAGAAAAGAAUUAAAAAUAACGUCGUGCAAAAGACUUCGCUCCUCGUCGAUAUCGUGAUCUAGCUUAAAAGCUAUAUUAAAAAGGAAAAACUAUGAAUUAGAAUUCUCCAAAAAAGAAUAGUUUAUAAUUAAAUUAAUUAUAGGUUAGUUAAGGAUCAAACUAUUAAAUUUUAAAGGACUAUUAUAUAGAUUAUAUUAAAAAUUGUAAUAUUGAGAGUUUAGUAAACUGUAAAGUUAAAAAAAUUGAAAAUUGCUACAUUAAAUCAAUUUAGUUUUGCUAAAUUGAAGAAAUCACUUAGUCAAGAUUAGAAAGAAUCUCCAAAUCUUAAAUAACCAACAUAUCAUGUUCUAUAGUUUAAGAUAAUCAAGCAUAAUUUGAAAAUAAUGGUAUAAAAAUUGGCAAUAGUGAAGAAUGUAAGUUUGGAAUUUCAUCAAUAUGA